AUGCCCGACCGUCUGAAAGAAGUCAGUCUCGACUCGCCCCGACAAACACUGGCCAAAACACGUCUAGAGGUAUCCCUUGCCCACACCAUCACCAAUCACGACCAGGAUACCACCGGUUGCCAGGCUACCCUUGUCUCAAAAACACUAACAGGCACCGUGUCAAGCCGACAGAUUUGUGGGAAUAAAGCCAGAAUGCCACGUGGACGAAGGAUAAAACAAAACGACUAUCAACAGCCAUCCAAAGAGGUGUAG